UGCUUCAAUAUGUUCGUCACGGGCGCACUGCUGUUCCUCUCGGCUGUGCUAUUGGCUGUGCUUCUCAUAUGGCGCCGUUGGCAUUUCUCUUACUUCGAGAGAAUUGGCAUCCCAGGACCAAAGCCUAACCUAAUCUGGGGAAAUAUCCGGGAGUACCACUCAGUGGAGAUAUACAAGGUGAUGGGAAAAUGGCUUGACCAGUACGGCGACAUAUAUGGGUUCUACAACGGCGACGUUCCUGUUGUCGUGACCAGGGACAUAAACUUCGUAGAGCACGUCUUCGUUCGCAACUUUAAUAACUUCGUUGAUCGGGGCAUCACAAUGGCGACCGAUCAAAAUCACCCUGUGUUGAAGAAGUCCAUCUUCCACGCCUGCGGCCUCCUGUGGAAAAGUAUCCGGUCAUGUGUUUCGCAGAGCUUCAGUGACAGCAAGCUGAAACAGAUGAUGCCACACAUUGAAGAAGAUGCAAGCAUAUUCAUCAAGUCUCUUGAGCAGUACGCUGACACUGGAGAAGAGGUGCAGAUGCUUCGCAAAUUUGAGGAACUCUCCAUGGACUACGUAGCCCGAGGAUCGUUCGGCAUCGACGAACGCUUUCAAGGGAAGCCUGACCAUCCCCUUAUGGUUAUCGCCAAGGCUGGCCUCCGGGGUCUCAUGAAGGGACCUUUUCAUAUGAUCGCACAGAGCACGACCUCAUUCGGGGCGCUCAUGAAGCCGCUGUACUGGCUUUCGCUUGUCCUAGGAGAAUUUUCAUUGGAAGGCCUGAAUGAACCGGCAGCCAAGGUGAUUCAGCUGAGAAAGAGUGAUCCCUCGCUGCGAAAGCAUGACUUCUUGCAAGGUCUCCUCGACGCGGAGUACAUCGAGGCAGAAGAGGAACGUGGCGACAACAAAGUUGAAAAUGGAAGUGCCAGAAAAAGGGCUCUGACCACCGAAGAAAUUAUAACGAACGCUGGAGCGCUUUUCAUAGCCGGGUUUGAAUCUACAGCAACGGCAUUGAGUUUCAUUACCUACUCCCUCGCGAAACACCCGGAUGUCCAAGAGAAGCUUCGGCGAGAAGUCAUCGAUGCCGUCGGUCCCGACGGCUCCCUGGACUAUGAAACAAUCAUGAAAAAGUUGAAAUACCUGGAAUACGUAGUGGAUGAAACACUACGGCUUUAUCCUCCAGCAUUAUCGAAUGUGAAUCGAAUGGCCAAAGAAGACUUCGAAUACAAUGGCAUCAAGUACAAGGCAGGUACAAACGUCAUGGCAGCGUUGUACCAGAUCCAAAGAGACCCACGAUAUUUUUCGAACCCUCUGCAGUUUAAUCCCGACAGGUUUUCCCCUGGAAAUGAGGCCUUGUUUACGAAAGCAGCAUUCAUACCCUUUGGCGUCGGGCCUCGAAACUGCGCUGGAAUGAAGCUGGCCUUGCUAAAACUGAGGUACACGGUGGCCAAGAUGGUCCAGAAGUACCGCAUGGAACUAGGCCCCUCUCAGAAGGGAACCAUGGAGCUGGGCCAGUAUGGGAUGGCAUCAACGCCUGCAAUAGGGCCCUGGAUUGUCCUACACAGUGUUGCCAUACGCUUGAGUUAUUCACUCGCGUACGUGAAUAUGUUCGCUACAGGCGCACUGCUGUUCCUCUUGGCUGUGCUACUGGCUGCGCUUCUCAUAUGGCGAUGGCGACAUUUCUCUUACUUCGAGAGAAUUGGCAUCCCAGGACCAAAUCCCAGUUUAAUCUGGGGAAAUAUCCGGGAAUACCACUCAAUGGAGAUAUACAAGGUGAUGGGAAAAUGGCUUGACCAGUACGGCGAUACAUAUGGGUUCUACAACGGCGACGUUCCUUUUGUUGCCACCAGGGACUUAAACUUCGUAGAGCACGUCUUCGUGCGCAACUUUCAAAACUUCAUUGAUCGGGGCAUCACAAUGGUGACCGAUCAAAAUCACCCUGUGUUGAAGAAGUCCAUCAUAAACGCCUGCGGACUCUCGUGGAAAAGUAUCCGGUCAUGUGUUGGGCAGGGCUUCCGUGGCAGCAAGCUGAAACAGAUGAUGCGACACAUUGAAGAAGAUGCGAGCAUCUUCAUCAAGUCUCUUGAGCAGUACGCGGACACCGGAGAAGAGGUGCACAUGCUUCACAAGUUUGAGGAACUCUCCAUGGACUACACAGCCCGGGGCGCGUUCGGCAUCGACGAACGCUUUCAAGGGAAGCCUGACCACCCGCUCAUGGCCGUCGCCAAGGCUACCUUCAGGGGUGUCAUGAAGGGACCUUUUCAUAUGAUCGCACAGAGCACGACCGCAUUCGGGGGGCUCAUGAAGCCGCUCUACUGGCUUUCACUUGUCAUUGGAGAAUUCUCAUUUCAAAACUUCACAGAAGAGACAGCCAAGGUGAUUCAGCUGAGAAAGAGUGAUCCCUCGCUGCGAAAGCAUGAUGUCUUGCAAAAUCUCCUCGACGCGGAGUACAUCGAGACAGAAGAGGAACGCGGUGAUUACAAAGUUGCACAUGCAAGUGCCAGAAAGAGGGCUCUGACCACCGAAGAAAUUGUAACGAGUGCUGCUGUACUUUUCAUUGCCGGGUUUGAAACUACAGCAACGGCCUUGAGUUACAUAGCCUACACUCUCGCGAAACACCCGGAUGUCCAAGAAAAGCUUCGGCGAGAAGUCGUCGAUGUCGUCGGUCCCAACGGCUACCUGGACUAUGAAACAGUCAUGAAAAAGCUAAAGUACCUGGAACAAGUAGUGGAUGAAACGCUGCGGCUUUAUCCUCCAGGAUUAUCUGGUGUGAAUCGACAGGCCAAAGAAGAUUUCGAAUACAAUGGCAUCAAGUACAAAGCAGGUACAAACGUCAUGGCAGCGUUGUACCAGAUACAAAGAGACCCACGAUAUUUUUCGAACCCUCUAGAGUUUAAUCCAGACAGGUUUUCCCCUGAAAACGAGGCCUUGUUUACGAAAGCCGCAUUCAUGCCCUUUGGCGUCGGGCCUCGCAACUGCGUUGGAAUGAGGCUGGCCUUGCUAAAAGUGAGGUACACUGUGGCGAAGAUGGUGCUGAAGUACCGCAUGGAACUAGGCCCUUCUCAGAAGGGAACCAUGAAGCUGGGCCAGUAUGCGAUGACAUCAACGCCCGCAAUAGGGCCCUGGAUUGUCCUACACAGUUUGGCGAAUGAACGCUGAGACAGCUCAUUCUUAAGUGGGUGUUUUAAAUAGUGAUGUAAGCAUUCCUUCCCAUGUGGAAUUGUUCCUUUCUGUCCCUUGUCAAAACGAAGUAUGUGGCUUUCUGAUGCGCAUAAGCAUGUUCUCUAAUAAACAUUCCUGAGUGUUC